CAGUGCGGUUUAGUGUUAAUUAAUCAUUGGAAAAAUGCUCGAACAGUAUCAUAUCGAAGGGAAUAAUGAGUAUCAAACGUGUGAUACGACGACGAAUCUUAGUACCCCUUUCUCGGUUAAGGAUAUCCUGAAUAUGGACAAUGAGUAUGCAAAUUAUUACUGUAAUGUUAAGCGCGAGUAUGGACACUAUGACUUUGGUGCUAAUCAACAGUUUUGGGAUAAUUCGACCGAAGCGUAUCAUUAUUAUCAUCAAGAAGUCGAUAAUGAGUUUGUUGCGAAAAAUGUGCUAUAUCCUGAGCAACAAUACGAGGGGUUUUACGUGCCGGAGGCCAAGGACCAAAAGGACUACCUAAAGGGUGACAGUCCAAAGCUCCACCCCCAAGUGACCAGCUCGAAGACCGAGCUGCGGAAGUCCGGCAGACAGCGUUCGAAACGCAAACCCCGAGUCCUCUUCUCCCAGGCCCAAGUGUACGAAUUGGAGCGCCGAUUCAAGCAGCAGAAGUACCUGUCGGCCCCCGAGCGCGAGCAGAUGGCACAAGGCCUGAAACUGACACCCACCCAAGUGAAGAUUUGGUUCCAAAACCGGAGAUACAAGAGCAAAAGGCAGACCAUCGCCAAACACGACGACAAACUCCAAGUCGGACCCAACGUCACCGCCACCCCCUUGGGGUUCUGCAGCUCGACGCCUUGCGUCUUCCCCAACAACAUCUACCAUCCUUCGGAAUACAAUUGCAACGAACUGAGUUUUGUGUGAUUGAAGAUUCGACAAGGAACAAGUGCCAAAAAUGUCCAAAGAGAAAGUAUUAAAGUUUAUUUAGGGGUAGUUUUUAUAUCGAGCGAGUGUUAUUUUUAUUAUUAUUAUUAUUAUUAUAUAUUUUUUGUAAUUAAG